CCUCCCCUCUUCCGCUUUUCUUUUCCUUCUUUGAACAAACACAACCUUACCUUAGGGUUUGAGCCUUUAGAUUGAGUCCGCAACGGUCCACAAAGUUGAGAUUCUGUUCGUCCUUUCAAAAAAAUCGAAUGAAAUGUCUCACUCCAUCACCUUCCUCUCAAGGAGGCUCUACCGCUCGUUGCUUUCGAUCCACAGAACGCCUUUUCAUCUUUCACAACAUUUCUGUACCAACCAUCCCUCUUCUGACCCCCAAGAAGAUUUCGAUUUGGAAGAGCUACCCCUUAACUCGGAUAUCGACUCACCCUCUACCCAUUCUUCUUCACCCGACUCUUCUUCACUGGACUCCUACAGACAAAGGGUUGUCUAUGAUCGGCCUCUCGAGAAUGGCCUCGACGUUGGCAUUUAUAAGGCUAUAUUGGUGGGGAUGGUAGGGCAGCCUCCGCUGCAGAAGAGGCUGAGAAGUGGCACGGUGGUGACUUUGCUAUCGUUGGGAACUGGUGGGAUUCGCAAUAACCGAAGGCCAUUGGAUAAUGAGGAACCCAGGGAGUAUGCGAACCGGUGUUCCGUCCAGUGGCAUCGGGUUUCGAUCUAUCCUCAGAAAUUGGGAGAUAUCGUCAUGAAACAUGUCUUUCCCAGUUCAAUAUUAUAUUUGGAGGGAAAUCUGGAAACUAAAGUUUUCACUGAUCCAAUAACUGGUCUUGUUCGUCGGAUUAGAGAAAUUGCGGUUCGUCGAAAUGGUCGACUUGUUUUUUUGGGUCAAGGUGAUGCUGGGGAGCAGACACAAAAUCAAGUGAAAAAUGUUGGCUACUACUGAAAUCAAUGGCGGAGCUACUGGGAAUAGCGUGAGCCUCACUAGACAAAGGAAAAUUUGAGCCUCCAGGUUUAGAAAUGAAUGCAUAGACAGUAUAUACAUAACAUCGGCGAAGCAAACUCGUGUUAUUUAAUAUGAUUUUGUACUUUUCUUUAUAAUUCGAUUAAUGUAGAUGGAGACCUUUCUGGUUGUCAUCA